AAAUUUAGAAUUAUCAGAUAGAGUUAAAGUUUGAUUUAAUUGGAAAAUUGUAAGCGGACACGUUGGAAUUCAGUUAUUGUUGUUUUGUUUUUCUACCGUCUUUGUGCAAGCUAUUAAGUUAAAUAUUUUGUGAAUAGAAUUCGAAAGUGUUUAUUGAGCCGUAGCAAUCUGCAAAAAAGCAUUCAAUCCUAUUUAGAUAUAAUCUAAAGAGACUUGUUCAAUAAUGCCGUCAGAAAUUUGUCCUAAAUGCCAAAAGGCUGUUUACGCUGCAGAGAAAAAAAUUGCUGGUGGUAAAGCAUGGCACAGUAUGUGCUUGAAAUGCGGUUUGUGCAAUAAGAUGCUUGACAGUACUACUGUCGCUGAACAUGAAGGAGAAGUUUUCUGCAAACAAUGCCAUGGUCGUAAAUUUGGUCCAAAAGGCUAUGGAUUCGGUGGAGGUUCUGGUGCCUUGAAUAUGGACAGUGGAAGUCAUGUUGGUAAUAAGGAAACCGAAAUGAGUAACAAACCAACAGCUCCUGCAAUGGGUGGUAAAAUUAUAUCUCCAGAGGAAGGUGGUUGUCCACGUUGCGGUAAACGAGUAUAUGAUGCUGAAAAAGCUAUUGGAUGCCCAAGCGGAGUAAGUCAUCAGUGUAGUUAUGCUUCAGGAAUUAUUACAUGAAUCUUAAUUUUUUAACAUGUUUAAAGUAAAUGUUUGCAUUACUUAUAGCAAUAAUACUAACAAUCACUGAGAGAUUUGCGCAUGUAUUUUCUGCUGAAUCAUUUAACAGUUUUCAACUGAAGAUUCCAGAAAAUGAAGUAAUGUAUUUUCAAAACAAUUACAGGGCAACCUAAAGAAUCGUAACCACUGGGUACAGACGCACCAGUGACCUUGAAGGCAUACCAUUCAUCGGAUUACAGAACCUACCGUUAUUGCAGCGCAAAUAUGAACACUGUGCACGAUCUGAUGUGCAAAUUUCAUCCUGAUCUCGUUUUCAAGUACUGUAUGGAUAAUGGGUUGAUAGAACGUUAGGGUUAGGGUUAAAAUAAGUAUCAGGAUUAGGGUGUUUUAUUACUAUUAUCCGUAUUUUUCUUGUAAAAAAAUAAAUGAGAGAGUGUUUCAUUGUUCAUACAGCUAUAAAACUUUGAUAGCUAUAAAACUUGAGAACUGAUACCCUUCAUUGUGAUUGGGAAGUAUUUUUCAGUUAUGUCAGGGUGAAAUAUCUUCUUUAAUGUAUUUUUUAUUAUUAUUAUGUUAAUUUCUCUCGUAAAUAACUGGCUUUUUGAUGUAAAAUACACGGUAGGUUCUGUAAUCCAACGAAUGGUGUGUGUUCAAGGUCAUUACUGCGUCGCACUCCGUGGUCGCUAUUCUUUAUGUUUGCCCAAUUACAUUUGCCACUCCUUAAUGGUGUUUUAACGUUUAAAUAAUUUACACUUAGGGUGAAUAGGUUGACGAAAUAUGAAGAACUACGUCUAGUGUCAGGCAUGCUGUAGCUGAAAAUUUUAUUUCUGAACUAAAGAAGCUAAGCCUUGUUGAAUAAACACAUUAGCAGGUAUUUAUGAAGUGCCAUGCCCAUAAACUGAUAAGAGUGCUCAUGUUUUACACUUUUGUCUAGAUAAUUACCGGCUUUUAGAUAUCAGUAAGACAUCGGUAACAAGAAAAAUAUUGUGUCGCCUGGUAAUCACCGACAAAACUCUAUCAAUUUACUACAUGUUAUCGAUGAAGGAAAUCGGCGAUAUAUUUCCAUCUCUUCAUAAAUAUAUGUCAACUCAGAUUAUGGCUUAAUUCAUGUAAAUGUAUGUCUUUAACUGAAAGAACAGCAGCAAUCAUUCUACAGAAGCCUGAUUUCAUAUCCAUUCUGCUGGAGAAACAACAGUCAAAAGAGAAUAGAACCACAUGGUUGGAGGCAAUUGGCAGGAAGCCUUGGACCUAGGUUUCGUGCUAGUUGGCACUCGUCAGCAAGGCGUAUCUGCAAACGUGACUGAUAGAAUUCAGUAUGCACCAAACAUAGGACUAGACACAUUACACUAGUUACCGACUAGUUUCCAAUCAAAACAGAAUAGAAUCACCUGCUAAAAAUUAGUAAAUAUCUAAUGAGUUUCAUGCGAACUCAUCGAUGGGAAAAUAUACCUUCUCAUAGGCUUCAAAUAUGAUGAGAAGUGAAAGCCUCUCAGUUGUAAGCUGACUUAAAGUCUUCUUUAUAAUUUCAAGCAAUUGUAGAUGAAAAAAGCGAAAAAAAAUAGAACAGGCGUUAGUAGUACGUGGUAUUCGUCAAAUACUUCACUCUACUAAGGAAGUUGGUUCAAAAAUAUUAGUGUGAGUGAAAUGGUCCCUCUCCAGGAUGGAAAUUUAAGAGCUUAUCAGGAGAGAUGGUCGGAAAGUUGUGCAAAACACUGAGGAGCAGUUCUUCCGACCUACAUUUGAACUACAGUCGCUCAUAAUUUAAGCUUAGGCUAGAUAAGCCAUAGAGAUCGGUCCUACAACCAUAGCCGAGAUUGUUUCAAGUUUCUCACAUCUGCCAUGAGACGAAGCAACAGGACCUGACAGUAUUACUCCGUAGUUCUUUAAAGGUAGUGGGGAUGAAUUGCUGUGGUAAUCACUGGAUGAUCAUCUUGACUAAUGUAGCAUCUCGGAUCCUACGCUUCAUUGUCCUCAGACUGGAAAAAAACAAACAUAAUUGCAGCUCAAUUUCCAUAAAGCAUGUUUCCGAUGCAAAACUUGUGGAAAAUCACUUGAUUCAACCAAUUUAUGUACACAAAAAGAAGAAAAGGAAGUUUACUGCAAAGCCUGUUAUGGAAAGAGUUUUGGACCAAAAGGUUUUGGUUUCGGUCAAGGUGCUGGUACAUUAAAUAUGGGUUAAUAACCUUAUUAUUAUUCUUAUAAUUAUCAAUAUUAUUAAUCCUGGUACUGUUACUAUUAUUAACAAUAAAGCUAAUAAAGAUGUGCAAUUUAUCAUUUUCUUCAGUUUCACAACUUUUUAUUGUUUAUUUUCCAUCCCUUCACUUUAUUAUCAUUUUGAAUUCAAUUCAUUUUAGUUGAUAUUAGCGAGAUGAAAUGCACACACCCACGCACGCACGCACUCACUCUCUUACACACACACACACUCACACUUCUACAAACCAAUACAAUUUAUUUAUGCUUAUCAAUGUAAGAUUUCUUACAGAAAUAAACAAGAAAUACAACAAAGAUUUUAAAAAUAUCACAGAUCUUUAUAAAUCAUUAUUGUAUUUGCUUUCUUCCUAGCUGUAUUAAAAAUAUACUACAUCAUAAUCAUUCAGUGAUUGAAUUUUACGUUGCUGUUGAUUAUGCAAGCAGUUCAUACUUAUCUUCAUAUGAUUUUAUCUUGCUUUUUUAUUAAAUAUACCUGUGUCAAGGUUA